CCCCUGGGACCCCUGAGCCCGCCCCUAACAAUCUGCCUCAGGCUCAGCCUGGCCGGCCAGAGGAGACUCCAGCAGUGGGGAGCGAGGGCCCUGCUCCCGGGACUGGGAAGCCGAGGGGCUGGGGUGUGGCGGCUCCGACAGCAAGAGUUUGCAGGGCUGGCUCAGGCCUGUGUCCCCCCCCCCCCGCCCCGAGGGAACUGCAUUGCAUUACGGUGACAGGACUGGAGCAGGGAGGCGCUACUGGCGGGCGGGAGUCUGGCUCCUCCAGGGAGUGCUGCCAACGGGAGGUCACUCCCCUGAACAGCUCGGCAUAGGCCACCUUCCCACUUGGUCCCUGCCUCUUGGAGAACGGCUGGAGCCGACGAGGGGUCCUGCAUCACAGACAACAGCAGCCCCCAGCCUGCACGAGGCCCCUAAGAGCCCUUUUUGGCACAGCCCACCAGCGACACCCAGGCGUGGAGGCCCUGGUACCAGCCUGCUGUGCAGCCCAACCCACUGGCUGGUGCCACUUCCCCACCCACCAGCAGGCACUGGAGCAAGCGAGGCACAGCUGAGGCCCUGGUGGAGCAGGUCCUGGCUGGGCUGCAUGCGGGCACUGGAGAGGGAACACCCAGCAGCAAGGUCCUUGCCCUGGCAGAUGUUCCACGCGCCUGACUCCCGCAACGUGGGGGAGGUGAGGGGGGUGUGUGCAGCCACCCACACCUCCCUGAGCAAAGUCAUUGUGAAGCACAACCAGCUGGCGCUGCAGCUGGGGGGCACGUCAGACUCGCCUCAGCUGCGGGAUGAGCUGCAGGAGCGGAGCAAGGAGGUGCACGAGCUCAGCAAGGGCCUGCGGAACAUGCUCCUAGCUGGGCUGCAGCAGCCGCUGGCCAGCCCAGAGGAGCGGCAGGAGCUGGAGAGGCUGUGGGUGCUAUCCCUGUCAGCUCUGGAGCUCUUCCACCAAGACCUGCGCAGAGCCCAUCAUCUCUGCCAACUCUUCCCCCUGCAGGGGUGGGGGAUGCAGCUGCUGAGCACUGGAGUCACAGGGAAGGCCACAGAUGGAGGGCACAAGCCCUGGAGGAGGCCAAGCUGCAAGGGCACCAGGAGCACAGAGCAGCUGGGUGCUGCCCCCAGUCUGGAGGAGCAGAUUGAGCAUGUGGGGGCCAUGCUGCUGGAGAUGGAGACCAGAGUCAAUGUCCCUGUCUGGACAGUGGAGGCCACAGAAGAGACUGGGCCUGAGAGCAGCUUGGCCUUUGAGGCCGAGGGGUCAUGCAGCGAGAGGCAGGCUGCAGAGGUGGCAGGUGGCCUAGGGUGCUGUGAGCAGUGUCAGGGCUGGCCUGCGCUCUGCUGCACAUUGUCAUGACCAUCUACCCAUGGCAAGGGGCAGGAGAAAACCCAGAACAAGGCCCCUUGGCCACAGCAGUGAGAGAGACAAGUUCCUUGGAGCGCACAGAGCCCUGCAGGGAGAAUCAGGAGGAGGGCUCUGGCUUGGGGUAGGAACAAGUUGGCUGAGGGCUCCCCUGCCAGCAGGGCAGACAGCUCAGUGAACAUGUGGGACAGCGUUGACAAGCUGGGUGAGCACUGCAGGCUGAGGGAAUGGGUGGUGAAGAGGAGCCAUGGCAGAGGAGACCGUGGGGGGAUUAAUAAACACCAUUGUUCUCCCACUUGUGUUCAUUCCUGUAGAGCCUGCAAAGUGCCCCGCCCCAGAGAACCAUUUCCACACCCACAGCAGUGGUGGUGAUGGAGGUCACAGAGAUCUGUGCUUGGAAUCCCCAUCUGCUGAGGUGACUGGCCCCAGGCAGUGGGAGAUCAGCAGCUGAGA